AUAAGUGAUGUGGGAGGACCCAGCUCUCUGCCCUGGAUGCUGUAAGAAAGCAGGCUGAGCAAACCAGUAUGCAGCACUCCUCCAUGGCCUCUGCGUCAGCUGUUGCCUCCAGGUUCCUGCCUUGACUUCAUGUCCUGACUUCCCUGGAUGAUGGUCCUCAAGCUACAAGAUGAAAUAAACCCUUUCCUCCCCGAGUUGCUUUUGGUCAUGCUGUUUUAUCACAAACCCUUAGGUGAUGUGGGAGCUUGACAGAUUUUUGCACCUGCACUCUGCUGGCAGCCUUACUGUAUAUGGCUCAGAGCUGGAUCUGGCCAAGCGUACCCCUAAAUGACUCAAGAACCUCUUUCCCCUGGGUUGGCUGGCAGCAGCUCCAGUGGGUGCCAUUGAUGGGUUUUGAGUUUACAGACUAGGCAGUGUCUUUUCCCAAGAUCACCACAAGGAUACCAUACUGCUAGGCUAGGCCGCAGCCAUCAAGAGCAGGUGCACGCGGGAUAGGCUGCUAGCAGCCGUUGACGUUGGUUUCCCAGGGGACAGGCGGGCGCCGGAUGGAGUAACACUGCCAGCCUGACAGUCGGGCUUGGGAUGCACCAUGAAUCCUGCAUACACCGGGCGUGAGUCCAGGCGUGAUUCCAGAUUUGAUACCAGCUACCCUCCCAGCCGCGCAUCAUUACAGUCUCAAUUCGAGUAUCCUCACUCACGCUCUGAGUCACUGGCAUCUAUCAGCUCUGCUGCAUCUCGCAAGGGACCUCCACCGAGCGCCACACCAUCUAUUCGGUCUAUACAGUCAGUGUUCAAAGAACAGAUUGCCCGCAAAGUACUACCAAAGAAGUUCACCCAGAGCCAAAAGGCACCACUGCCCCCACAUCUCCAGGGACAUGCAUCAAUCAAAGGACGCCCUGAGGGCCUGGCCAAGGUCCCAGAAAGAGUCAGAGACAGCUUCAAGAAUUUUUUCUUCUCACCCACUGGAAUGUUGAAGGUCUUGAGGAUGUGUGUUAUUGCAGCAUCGGUGUUUUGUUUCAUCAUUGGCGGCGCCCAUAAGGUGUUUAUAGCAAUCACGAUUGAGGAAACCUGCAUUGUCCUAUUUUUUAUCGUAAUAUAUUUGCUAACCCUUCAACACUGGCUGACCUGUGUAAACUGGCCAUUACUUGAUUUUAUCAACAGUUUCAUUUCAACUGUGUUCCUUGGAGGAGUUGCCCUGAUAAUAUUUCAAGAAAAAGAAAGAAAGCGUUUGCACUAUGUUGGAGGGAUCCUGUGCCUCUUCGCAACAGUCCUGUGUAUCAUCGAUGGCUUUUUGGUCAUCAAAAACAUGAGGAAGGACAAGAAAAAAGGCCCUGGGUACAUAAACUAAGCCCUCCACCUCAACACCGAGGCAGGCGCUUUGCUG